GCACCUGCGCACGCGCAGCCGCUGCACAGUCUACGGUAACGCACACCGGAGUCACAACAACCGACAGCCGCUCACUGUGACCGGCCGUUAGCUCGGUGACUGUCCGCCUGUCUGGAGGCCGGGGCCGGGGCGACUGUCAGAGAGAGUCCGGAGAGCAGAGCCGGAGGAGGGGACAGUAAAGGGAAGCUACCGGAGCCGGCCCGCCGGAGAGUCGCUGUGUUCGGGUAGAAUGUUAUCAGCGGAGCGGAGCGGAGAGCACCGAGCUGCCCGCUGAUUCACACCCACAACCCCGGGAACACUCCCGGUGUGUCCGCUCAUAGAGACCCGCUGCUAACCGCUAACAUUAGCCAGCGGGCUACAUGCUAAUAGGCUAACCGUGUCCAGGUGCUGUCGGUAUGGAACGGUUAACGGUAACCGUGCUCUUAUCCCGGUAAACAGAAACACACCCAACAGUUAGCUGCUAGCCGCGGAGCUAACGGGCAGCUGGGUAACAUCUGGCCGCAGAUAGCUCUCCGUGUAGCGGCCGAGGAUGGUCGCAGUGACGGCAGCUGUUCUGGAGGAACGGCCUGUCCCCGCUGGAUGUGCUGAGGCUCCUCGCUUCUCCCGCCCCGCCGGGCCCGGACAACCGCGCACAGCGUUCAUGUAAACCGGUGAACUGUGCGUGUCGGUCCCGCAGCAGCAGCCAUGCAGGCGGCCCAGCUGCAGUACGACUUCUUCAACGAGGAGAACGCACCGAAAUGGAGAGGCCUGCUUGUUCCUUCACUGGAGAAGGUACUGAAUCAGGUGCAUCCUAACCUGGUGUCCCAGCAGGAGGCGCUGCAGUACAUCGAAGAGCUGAUCCUGCUCCUGCUCAGCAUGCUGUGUCAGGCUCAGCCACGCAGCGUGCAGGAUGUGGAGGAGCGUGUGCAGAAGAGUUUUCCUCACCCGAUCGAUAAGUGGGCGAUUGCUGAUGCUCAGGCGGCCAUCGAAAAGAGGAAGAGGAGGAACCCGCUGGCUCUGCCUGUUGACAAGAUCCACCCACUGCUGAAGGAGGUGCUGGGCUAUAAGAUCGACCACCAGGUGUCGGUGUACAUGGUGGCCGUGUUGGAGUACAUCUCCGCUGACAUCCUGAAGCUUGCUGGAAACUACGUCAGGAACAUCCGACACUAUGAGAUCUCCCAGCAGGACAUCACUGUGGCCAUGUGUGCAGACAAGGUGUUGAUGGACAUGUUCCAUCAGGACGAGGAGGAUAUCAGCGGCUUCCCUCUUAUGGAUGAGGAGCCCUCAGCCAAUGAGGAGCAGAAUUACUAUGAGCUGGUGAGGAGCUUCAUGUCUGAUGGUCGACAGUACCUGAGACAGCUCAACCUGCUCAUCAAGGUGUUCAGAGAGCCCUUCAACUCCAGCCCCAUGCUCUUCUCUCAACACGACGUGGACAGUAUCUUCAGUCGGAUCGUUGAUAUCCACGAGGUGACGGUGAAGCUGCUCGGUCUGAUCGAGGACACGGUGGAGAUGACAGAUGAAGGCAGUCCUCACCCUCUGGUGGGCAGCUGCUUCGAGGACCUAGCUGAGGAGUUGGCCUUUGAUCCGUAUGAGACAUACACUCAGGACAUCCUGCGCUCUGGUUUCCAUGAACACUUCCUGAGUCAAGUGUCCAAGCCAGGAGCCGCCUUCCACCUCCAGUCCAUCUGUGAAGGCUUUAAAGAGGCCGUCCAGUACGUUCUGCCCAGACUGCUGCUCACUCCUGUUUACCACUGUCUGCACCUGUUCGAGAUCCUCAAGCAACUGGAGGAGAAGAGUGAGGAUGAGGAGGAUAAGGAGUGUCUGAAACAGGCCAUCACAGCUCUGCUCAACCUGCAGAGCAGCAUGGAGAGGAUCUGCUCCAGGAGCCUGGCCAAGAGGAGGCUCAGCGAGUCGGCGUGUCGUUUCUACAGCCAUCAGAUGAAGGGGAAGCACCUGGCCAUCAAGAAGAUGAACGAGAUCCAGAAGAACAUCGACGGCUGGGAGGGGAAGGACAUCGGCCAGUGCUGCAACGAGUUCAUCAUGGAAGGCACGCUGACCCGCGUGGGCGCCAAACACGAGCGCCACAUUUUCCUGUUCGACGGCUUGAUGAUCUGCUGCAAGUCCAAUCACGGCCCGCCGCGGUUGCCCGGCGCCGGCUCCACCGCAGAGUACCGGCUGAAGGAGAAGUUCUUCAUGCGCAAAGUGCAGAUCAAUGACAAGGAUGACAAGGAGGGCGAGUACCGCCACGCCUUUGAGAUCAUCCUGAAGGACGGGAACAGCGUGGUGUUCGCCGCCAAGUCCGCCGAGGAGAAGAACGGCUGGAUGGCGGCGCUGAUCUCGCUGCAGUACCGCAGCACGCUGGAGCGCAUGCUGGACUCAGCCAUGCUGCAGGAGGAGAAGGAGGAGCAGAUGAGGCUGCCGGGCGCCGAGGUGUACCGCUUCGCAGAACCCGACUCCGAGCAGAACGUCGUGUUUGAGGAGAACGUCCAGUCCAAGUCCGGGAUCCCGAUCAUCAAAGCAGGGACGGUCCUGAAGCUGAUCGAGAGGCUUACCUUCCACAUGUACGCAGAUCCAAACUUUGUCCGAACAUUUCUGACCACCUACAGAUCGUUCUGUAAACCUCAGGAGCUGCUGGACCUGCUCAUGGAAAGGUUUGAGAUCCCGGAGCCGAGGCCCAACGAGGCGGAUCAGAUGGAGGGAGGAGAACAGCCGCUCAGCGCUGAACUCAAACGCUUCCGGAAAGAGUUUGUGCAGCCGGUGCAGCUCAGAGUGCUGAACGUGUGUCGUCACUGGGUGGAGCAUCACUUCUACGACUUUGAGAGAGACGCUCACCUGCUGAGACGCCUGGAGGAGUUCAUCGCUUCAGUCAGAGGUAAGGCGAUGAGGAAGUGGGUGGAGUCAAUCACAAAGAUCAUCCAGAGGAAGAAACAGGUGCAGGUGAGCGUUCCCAGUCACAGCAUCACCUUCCAGAACUCUCCUCCUCCCAUCGAGUGGCACAUCUGUAAACCGGGAAACACCGAGCAGUUCGACCUCAUGACCCUCCACCCCAUCGAGAUCGCCCGACAGCUCACCCUGCUCGAGUCCGACUUCUACAGGGCGGUGCAGCCGUCGGAGCUGGUGGGCAGCGUCUGGACCAAAGAGGACAAAGAGAUCCACUCGCCCAACCUGUUGAGGAUGAUCCGCCACACCACCAACCUCACCCUGUGGUUCGAAAAGUGUAUCGUAGAGACGGAGAACCUGGAGGAACGAGUGGCCGUGGUGUCUCGGAUCAUCGAGAUCCUGCAGGUCUUUCAGGAACUCAACAACUUCAAUGGAGUUCUGGAGGUGGUCAGUGCCAUGAACUCCUCACCGGUCUACAGACUGGACCACACCUUUGAGCAAAUCCCGAGUCGGCAGAGGAAGAUCCUGGAGGAAGCUCACGAGCUGAGUGAAGAUCACUACAAGAAGUAUUUGGCCAAGCUGCGCUCCAUCAACCCCCCCUGUGUCCCUUUCUUUGGAAUCUACCUGACCAACAUCCUGAAGACAGAGGAGGGAAACCCCGACUUCCUGCGCCGACACGGUAAAGACCUGAUUAACUUCAGCAAGAGGAGGAAGGUCGCCGAGAUCACCGGAGAGAUCCAACAGUACCAGAACCAGCCGUACUGUCUGAGAGUGGAGGGUGACAUCAGGAAGUUCUUCGAGAACCUGAACCCGAUGGAGGACAUGUCAGAGAAAGACUUUGCAGAUCACCUGUUCAACAAAUCUCUGGAGAUCGAACCUCGAAACGCCCGCUCAUUACCUCGAUUUGUGAAGAAGUACACCUGUCCUCUGAAGUCUCCGGGGAUCCGUCCCACCUCUGCGAGGCCCGGCACCAUGCGUCACCCGACGCCGCUGCAGAACGAGCCGAGGAAGAUCAGCUACAGCCGCAUCCCUGACAGUGAGGCCGAGGGCGGGGCUGUGUCCGCCCCCAACUCCCCCCGCACGCCGCUGACUCCGCCCCCUGCCUCAGCCGCCUCCAGCUCCACAGACGUAGGCAGCGUGUUCGACUCGCCGCAGGGGCCCAGCAGCCCCUUCCACUCCACCUGCGACAGUAUCUUUGCGGUGGUCUCUCUGCCUCACGGCCCACGGUCCUCCUCGGUCUCGUCCAUGGUGAGUUUCAGUCGGGGUUCUGAGGACGUUCCGGUUCCUCCUCCGGUUCCUCCUCGGAGACGACCAGAGUCGGCUCCAGCAGAGUCCUCGCCGUCCAAGAUGAUGUCGAAGUUGGACAGCCCCCCCGCUGUCCCCCCUCGCCAGCCCACCUGUAAGCUCCUCCCCCCUCGUUACUCCUCGUCGAUGUCGUCGUCGUCCCCCCCCGACAGCCCCCCUUCGCUGCCUCCUCGGGAGCCCCUCAGCUCUCCUCUGCACCUCCUGCCCCCCCCUCAGGGCCGCCCCCGCUGCGACCUGCUGCCUCAGGCCUUCUUCCCCUCCACCUCCUCCUCCAUCAGCCCCGCUCCCACCGCCUCCUCCUCGCCCCCUCCCCUCCCUCCCCCCGCCCCCGUCACCCCCAGCCCCAGCCCCGCCUCCAGGAAGAUGCCCCUCCCGUCCCCGCCCCUCCCCCUCCUCCCCCUGGACGGCCCCCCCGUCCCCCCUCGUCACGGCGUCCCCAAACUCCCCCCCAAGACCUACAAGAGGGAGUCUCUGAGCCACGCCCCCCUGCUGGACACGCCCCCUGCACUGUGAGCAGCUGAUUGGACGGUCGGAGGAGGAGGCGGGGCUAAACGAGCUAACACUACAGCGGAUUGGAUCAGAAUAAACAAAACAAUGGAUUUAAAAACAAACAGAACAUGUGAUGGAUCGGGACGCUCUGAUCCGAUCAGGACUGAAAGUAAACAAACAUCACGUGCCCUUAAAAAAACAAACUGUGGCCUCCAGCAGAACGUCGGAGAACGUCUGUCUGUUUGGUUCUCAGACUGUGCAGAGUGCAUUAUGGGUAAUGUAGUGCCCCACAGACUGAGGCGGACUCUGAGGUACCGACCAGAACCAAAGAGGUACUUUACCGAGACGGACUGAUUCUGGCAGACCUGAUGUUGGUUCUCUGAUGGUUCCUGUUAGAACAUGUAAAGAACAUGUUGCCUUCUGUAAAACAAGGGAAUAAACGUGUUUCUACCAGAA